AUUUAUGAGUCGAUGGAGGGGAGGGCGCAUGCGCACCAAGCCACAGGAUUCACUGGGGUCUAUCCCCACCUCCAUAGAGGAACCCGGCAGAGCAUUCAGCCUCCUCCCUUCUUCGUCGGUUCCUUGUCCACUCGGUUAUUAAAACCGAGGCGACACGGUCGGCAACCAGCAAUUAUCUGGCGAACGCUCGGAGCCGCGCACGCUCCGAUCCGAGCACAGUUCUCUUCGCUUUUCUUUUCAUUUUUCUUUUCGUUUUCGUUUCGCUUACCCACGGUACCAGUGAUUAAGAUCGCGGGAUUACUUUGUCUCCUGUUCCGUCUAGCGAACACGUGUCGAAGGAUUGAGUUCAUCGAAGGAGUAAUUAUAUCUGUGGAAGAAACUAUCACGAGGAAUCAGGAAGUGAAGUGAUGGCACAAGUGAUGCAGUAUCAACAGAUGUGCAUGCCGACAAUGUCUCCGAUGCCAGGCAUGACGCCAAUGUCUGGCCUCUCAAUGCCGAUGCAUCAACCCGCGGCUAUGGACUACGGAAGUCCGGGCAUCCAUUAUCAGCCGUACAAUCCUGCAUUAGGCAGUCAUCAUCUUCAGACCAGCCAAUCCAGCUACUGGUACCCUGGAUCCACGAGUCACGGUCAAAUUACCGAGCCGCUGACGCCGGCAGCGUACACGAUGCCAAGCGUACCAAGCAGCACCGCUUCGUGGACCACUCAAACGCAUCUCAGCCAGCCUCAGUUAACAACGAUCUCGGCGAUUCAGCAUUAUUCUUUGCCUCCAAGUCCCGCCGAACUUCCAGCAAGCCCUCAGGAUCACGCUUCCCCGUAUCAGUGGCCGUUAACACCUCCAGCCGAACAUCAUUUGCUUGGCACGGACGAGGUUGGUAAAGCCGGCAGAAAAUGCAUGAGAUGUCGAUGUCCAAACUGUCAGACGGAUAGCGGAGCUCAGUUGGGAAUCGACGGCAAGAGGCAACACGUGUGUCACGUGCCUGGAUGCGGUAAAGUGUACGGUAAAACCUCUCAUUUGAAGGCGCAUCUCAGAUGGCACACCGGCGAACGACCUUUCGUUUGCAACUGGUUGUUCUGCGGCAAACGAUUCACCAGGAGCGAUGAAUUGCAGCGUCAUCUUCGAACACAUACAGGCGAGAAGAGAUUCGCUUGUCCAACGUGCGGGAAAAGGUUCAUGAGGAGCGAUCAUUUAACGAAACACGUGAAAACGCACGAGAAUCAGAAGAGAAAAAGUUCCACGGCUAAGAAGGAAUCCAAUAAAGAGAAUUCGUUGAUCGCCGCGCCCAUCCAGAAUUCGUAUCCACCGACCGGCGGACAGUACACCAUGAUUUAGGAUUAGAAAGUCUCCAAAUUAUUAGAAUCGAGAAAGAAUAGUUUACGCUGUGCUAAACUGACACGACUGAUGGAUCACAGUGUCCGUCCUUGUAAAUAGUUGACCAAUGUUCCUUGCUUCUCUUGUAAUUAUUGUACAUAUAUGGAGAGAAAAUUGUAUAUUUUUGUAAAUUAUAUGUAAGUUUAGGUGACGUUAAUUAAGUUACGAUACAAAUAAAAAUGAUUAAUAAUAAUGUUUGACCAUCCAACCCGAUAAAUUAAAUACUCCUUUAACAUGCUAGUGCAGCGUUGUCGUAGGAAAUAGGGGUGAUCAGAACGAACGUAAAUUUUAUGCGGACUAAAGCUUCGAUUUACCGUGAAAAUUCACAUAAUAACGAAUCAUCCCCUUGCCGUAUAUCAGGUUCCUCUCUGACAUCUUCCUGUCAUACGAUACAUCACGAGACCCGCCCAAGAAGCACAAUACG